ACCGCUUCGAUCGGGUCUGUCAAUCAAGGAAGCGCCCGCCCCACUGCAGGUGCAAAGCUGGGCUCCGGGCUAACUGCUGUAGCGAAGGCGAGGAUAAAAGCAUCAUUUCACGAUGGCGUCUGCAAAUGCCACCUAUGGACAAAAGGAGUCCUCGGACCAGAACUUCGACUACAUGUUUAAAAUCCUCAUCAUCGGCAACAGCAGCGUCGGGAAGACAUCCUUCCUCUUCCGCUAUGCAGACGACUCCUUCACGCCGGCAUUCGUCAGCACGGUUGGUAUCGACUUCAAGGUGAAGACCAUCUACAGGAACGACAAGAGGAUAAAGCUGCAGAUCUGGGACACAGCUGGCCAGGAGCGCUACAGGACCAUCACCACAGCUUAUUACAGAGGAGCCAUGGGCUUCAUCCUCAUGUAUGACAUCACCAACGAGGAGUCCUUUAACGCUGUGCAAGACUGGUCCACCCAGAUCAAGACUUACUCGUGGGACAAUGCUCAGGUGCUGCUGGUGGGAAACAAGUGUGAUAUGGAGGAUGAACGUGUGGUGGCGACGGACAGAGGCCGGCAGCUGUCAGAACAGCUCGGCUUUGAGCACUUUGAAGCGAGCGCCAAGGACAACAUCAACGUGAAGCAGACCUUCGAGAGGCUGGUGGACAUCAUCUGCGAGAGGAUGUCUGACACGCUGGACAACAGCGAUCCCACCGUCACCGGAGCCAAACAAGGGCCGCAGCUCACCGAGCAGCCGCAGAGGUCCCAUCAGGACUGUGCUUGCUAAAUGCAUCACACACACACACACACACACACACACACACACACACUACAUUUGUUCUCCUGAUGUCCAUAUAACUUUUUAAAGUCAUGUUAUCAGUUGAUGUCAUGUGAACCUGCACACAUCCAUGUAUCAGAAACACAGGCGCUGACUGCUGCUGAGAUUGUCAACCCGUCGUCGUCCUAUAUCCUCGUCAUAGUCCCAAAGAUGAUCUAUAUCACCGAGAAAUCACAUGCGAGCACUAAAUAGUGCUAAUGUAGUCACGCCUUUUAACACGCAGACAUUCCCAUGUUUUACUGCAUGCACCGUGCUGGAUUCAAACACGCUUUUAACCCUUGUGCAACCUUAAGAUUGACUUUACACCAGGGGUGUCAAACUCAUUUUAGAUCAGGGGCCACAUGGAGAAAAAUCUACUCCCAAGUGGGCCGGAUUGGUAAAAUCACGGCACGAUACCUUAAAAAUAAAGACAACUUCAGAUUGUUUUCUUUGUUUAAAAAUAGAACAAGCAGAUUCUGAAAUUGUACAAAACAUUAAUGUUGUUGGGGUUUAUUUACACUUGCAUGUUUGCGGUUAAUAGUAUUAUAUCUUUAUUUUUCGUUAUUUAUAUUUUCUGAAUAAAUGAUGUGAUAAUGUUCAUCAGUCAACUCAUUGGUGUUAAUUUUCAAUCUAUCAAGAUAAAAAAAAAAUCAUAUCAAAAUCAAAUUACAGUAUUUUAUUUAUGUAGUUUGAUCAUUUUCCUCGACUGAUGUACUAACAUCAUGUGCUUUAUUUUGUACAUACCGUAUUUUUCGGAGUAUAAGUCGCUCUGGAGUAUAAGUUGCACUGGCCGAAAAUGCAUAAUAAAGAAGAAAAAAAACAUAUGAGUCGAAUUUUUGGGGGAAAUUUACUUGAUAAAAGCCAACACCAAGAAUAGACAUUUGAAAGGCAAUUUAAAAUAAAUAAAGAAUAGUGAACAACAGGCUGAAUAAGUGUACGUUAUAUGAGGCAUAAAUAACCAACUGGUAUGUUAACGUAACAUAUUAUGGUAAGAGUCAUUCAAAUAACUAUAACAUAUAGAACAUGCUAUACGUUUACCAAACAAUCUGUCACUCCUAAUCGCUAAAUCCCAUGAAAUCUUAUACGUCUAGUCUCUUACGUGAAUGAGAUAAAUAAUAUUAUUUGAUAUAAUGUGUGAAUAAUUUCACACAUAAGUCGCUCCUGAGUAUAAGUCGCACCCCCGGCCAAACUAUGAAAAAAACUGCGACUUAUAGUCCGAAAAAUACGGUAAAUAAAAUGGAAUUUCAAUACCACUGUUUUUAGCGGUAAAUUUUUGUUGUUUUAAUGUUUUUAUUGUUUGUUUUUUAAUGUUUUAGUGUCUUACUGUAUAUACAAAAAAACAGUACCAAAGUUGAUUUUACAGUAAAAAAAAAAAAAACUCAGGAGGCAGAAUUGAACCGUAAAAUCUAUUGCCAAUUUUACAGUGUAGAAUUUGAUUGAUAAUUUGUUUUGAAAUCAUAAGUGAAGCAGAUAUUUAUCUUUUUUUUUUUUUUUAACAAUAAACAUUUUUGGAAUACAUAUUUUGAUAAUAUUGAAUUUUAAAAGAUGUGCAAAUGCAUGCAGUACAUGAUUUUUAAUGGCAAAAGGGAAAGAACAAAUAUAUUUAGUAAUUAUAUUUACCGUUUUUUUUCGGAGUAUAAGUCGCUCCGGAGUAUAAGUCGCACUGGCCGAAAAUGCAUAAUAAAGAAGGAAAAAAAACAUAUGUAAGUCGCACUGGAGUACAAGUCGCAUUUUUUUGGGAAAUGUAUUUCAUAAAAGCCAACACCAAGAAUAGACAUUUGAAAGGCAAUUUAAAAUAAAUAAAGAAUAGUGAACAACAGGCUGAAUAAGUGUACGUUAUAUGAGGCAUAAAUAACCAACUGGUAUGUUAACGUAACAUAUUAUGGUAAGAGUCAUUCAAAUAACUAUAACAUAUAGAACAUGCUACACCAGUGGUUCUUAACCUUGUUGGAGGUACCGAACCCCACCAGUUUCAUAUGCGCAUUCACCCAACCCUUCUUUAGUGAAAAAUAAAAUGUUUUUUUUCAAAUUCAAGACAAAGUUAUAUGUUUUUGGUAACACUUUAGUAUGGGGAACAUAUUCUAAGUAACAAAGACUUAAUUUAGUUAUUUGGUUAGGGUUAGGGGGUUAGAGUUAUAAUAAGGCCGUGCCAAAUAAGGCAUUAUUAAGUACUUAAUAAUGACUAGUUAAGAGCCAAUAUGUUACUAAUUUGCAUGUUAAUAAGCAACUAAUUAAUGGUGAAUAUGUUCCCCAUACUAAAGUGUUACCAUGUUUUAUUACUGGUGCACAAAAUGAAGCGUGCAUGAACAUCACCUUGUUCAAAGAACAAAACCAACACAGUGCAUAAACUCACAACAAAUUACACACCUGCAAAUCAGUCUGACUUCUGCUGUUGCCGUAUCCGUAAUACGCCGAUAGGGAGAAGUUUUUAUUUACACGAUGAGUCAGGUGUGUUUUGACCUCCGCCGAACCCCUGAGCCCGACUCACCGAACCCAGGUUAAGAACCACUGUGCUAUACGUUUACCAAACAAUCUGUCACUCCUAAUCGCUAAAUCCCAUGAAAUCUUAUACGUCUAGUCCAGGGGUCGGCAACCUUUACCAGUCAAAGAGCCAUUUUGACCAGUUUCACAAAUUAUAGAAAUCAAUGGGAGCCGCAAAAUCUUUUUGAAAUUUUCAAUGAAAUAACACUGCAUACGAAAUUUUUUUUUUUGCAUUGUGCUAUGUAUUUCUAGGGGUCUCAGACACGCUGCCCACACCUUUAUGUGGAAUUUGACAACUGGUGGAGCACGCGGGUUUUAUUUAAAGGCGCUUGUCAGCGUCAUGCGUGCCGUGAUGGUACAGCAUAUAGCACCCACUACAGUCAGCGUGCAUGAUCAGCCACACGUUGUAUGGGGCUUCCGCUUUGCUCACGUAGGUGACAG